AUGGGAGGGGUAGUACAGUGUACCAAAACCUUUAAGGAUGUGUCAUUAGAGAUCAGAGGAAAGGUGUUCUUGUUUGACCUCAUUGAAUUUGGGUUGAGUGACUUUGAUAUCAUCUUGGGAACGGAUUGGUUGAGCAAGUAUAGUGCGCAGAUUCGUUGUCGAUCGCAGAAAGAGGAGUUAAGUACAGUUGAGGGUGAGUUGGUAACACAUUGGAAGCAUUUUGAAGAAAAGUGCCCAAGGAUCAUCUCAAUGAUGAAGUUGGCUAAGUAUAUUAAGAAGGGACAUCCAGUAUAUUUUUAUAAUGUAAGGAACUUGGAACACGAAGAGACAAUUAAGCCUGAGAACAUAGACAUGGUAAAUGAGUUUCUGGAUGUGUUCUCAGAAGAGAUUCCAGGAAUGCCACCUAAGAGGGCAAUUAAUUUCACAAUAGAGUUAGUCCCAGGGACACCGAUUUCCAAGGCACCAUAUCGAAUGGCACCUCCAGAAAUAAGUGAGUUAAAGGAGCAACUGUAG